UCGAGGAUGAAGACGACCCCCCGCCAUAACGUAUUCCUCAUUUUCCUCCAUAACUUUCGUAUUUUUCGAUUCCUAAUCUACCCUUCUUCUUCAUCCAAUACUCCCGGUUUCUUCUUGGUUUUCGGUCGCAAUCAAUGUCCUCUUAAUCGAGUUGAUUCAGUCUUCUACUGAGUGUCAUUGCUUACUCCUUCAACAUUUGAGUCUCCCCAGCCAUCUUCAAUGGAGCAAAUUUUCUAGAGGAACCGAACUCAACGGCUCGAGAACAGAUUCCAGCUUCAAUUAUCACUUGUAGACCCUUUUGAAUUGCUUAUAACCUUGGCUACAUCAACUUCUUGAAUGUAAGGUAUCGCUUUAGCCAAGGUAGAAUGACAUCCCCUUCAGCAGUCUUGAUAAUUUGCCCCUACUCUAAUUGUGAGAUCCCACAUCGGUUGGGGAGGAGAACGAAACAUUCUUUAUAAGGGUGUGGAAACCUCUCCCUAGUAGAUCGCGUUUUAAAAACCUUGAGGGGAAGUCCGAAAGGGAAAGCCGAAAGAGCACAGUUGCUGUCUGGUAUAAAGCUUUUGGAGACCUUUUGAUGUUUAAAACCUUUAGAAGCUUUCCACUUAAAAUGCCAUAACUCUUGAAAAACAAAUCCAGCAAACCAUCAGGGCCGAGGGUUCGUGGUAUAUUCAUCCGGUUACAGGCCGAUGGAACCUCAUCCUCGGUGUAGGUAGGUACGAAAGCCUCAUUUAUUCACCGCUAUCACUUGGCUUGAGUCGUCUUAGAAAGUGAGAAACUCAACCGUUGCUAUCUUACCCGUAACACGAAACAAGACUAUUUGAAAUAAUCAGAUAUAAGCUAUGCUGUACCAUUUUCUUUUGGGUCUUUGCAUGUCUACCUUAUUGCUGGUAGUUAUUUCAUCACUAUCACUUCCCAUUUGCAUCAUGAUUCUUAAAGGAGUGGGGGUGGAGAGGUUAUUUGUCUCUGUGAAUUUCUGUUGUUUUUGCUCAUUUUUUACUGUUCUUUGCAUGCAAUGCAGCCAGAUGUUUCAAACUUUUAUUGCUGUUUUUGUUUUCUUCAAAUUUCAUAGAACAGAGUGAUGGAUGUGCUUGAACAGUUCAUCGAUCGAUUAUAGAAGAGGAAAUAACAGAGGCACGCUGGUGUAGCAGGACGAGUUGACCAUGGCCUCGACUUCUUUUGCUGGCAGGAAGCAACUGCCAGUGAUUGAAGCUACUUCUAGCUGUAUUCCAUACCCACCACCGCAGACAACAUAUGAGGAUAUUGUAGCUAAUCCAAAUAUCUUUAUGGCAUCCUUGGAGAAGCUCCAUUCUGUCAUGGGAACCAAGUUCAUGAUCCCGAUUAUUGGUGGGAAAGAACUAGACCUGCAUCGACUUUUCGUGGAAGUUACUUCUCGUGGUGGCAUUGAGAAGGUUAUAAGAGAAAGAAGAUGGAAAGAAGUAACUUCAGUUUUCAAUUUUCCAUCAACGGCCACCAAUGCGUCUUUCGUUCUGAGGAAGUAUUAUCUUUCAUUGCUUCAUCAUUUUGAACAGAUUUACUUCUUUAAAGCUGUGGGAUGGACACCAAUAAUUUCUGAUUCCUCUCCGUGCCCAAGUGCAGCGACGAUUCCUACCCAAGGGACAGCCUCUAUGUUGCCACCAUCAGAUAAUCAGGCGGCGUCCCAGCCGCCACGGAGUACUGCAACUGAACUUCCAGCAGUUGCUCCGGGUUCGACAUCUCCAGCAGGAGGGUUUCCAGUGAUCGGAGUCAUUGACGGGAAAUUUGAUAGCGGAUAUCUUAUUACUGUUACAGUAGGGACGGAGAAGCUAAAAGGUGUGCUUUAUCAGGCUCCUUCUGAGCAACCUGCUCAGCCUGUUGGUGUUUUUGCCAAAGAUGGUACACCAAAUGCUCAUCAGCAUCGCCGUCGGAAGAAAUCUGAGAUAAGACGAAGGGAUCCCGGUCAUCCAAAGCCGAACAGAAGCGGCUACAACUUCUUCUUUGCUGAGCAGCAUGCUAGACUCAAACCAUUACACCCGGGGAAGGACAGGGAGAUAAGCAGAAUGAUCGGUGACCUUUGGAAUAAACUUAAAGAGUCUGAAAGAACAGUUUACCAGGAGAAAGCUAUGAAAGAUAAAGAACGAUACAGAGUCGAGAUGGAGGAUUACAGAGAGAAGCUGAGGACAGGCCAAGUCAUCAGUGAUGCAGUGCCCUUACAGCAGCGUCUUCCCGAGCCAGACCUGAACAUGGUCUAUGCUGACAAGAACCAAGAAACGGAGGAUGGCGACUCUCCACAAACCCCAGAUAACGAUACAAGCUAUGUUGAAGGCAACUCCGGAGAGUAUAAAAUGGAAGUGAAGGAGGAGGACGAAGAGGAGGAAGAGGAGGACUCGGAAGAAGAUGCAUCUCCGAAAGGAAUUGGUAUUGUGGAGGAUGUUAACGCUUUGGUCGAGGAGGAACAGUGCAAGACGGGAACAGCCGAAGAGGAUGUUAGAAAAGAGAGUAGCACGGUUGGGGACGAUAAAGAAGUUUACGCCGGGGAAUCAGUAAUGAUGGAGGUGGAUGCAAAGGAAGAACCAGAACCAACAACAGACAUUCGAGAAAAUUAAGGGAAAAGUUUUGGAUCUUUCCAUCACUUCUGUUUUGGGAAGAAAUUUUGUUGCCUUUUGUUGAACAUUCCAACUGGAAUCACUCCCUGAUUUGUUUAUAAGCGAAGCCGGCUAUUAGUACCUGGUCGAGA